AUGGACACGGCGAUAGACUUGUCGGAUGCCUCCAAGGCUUUGGAUCUAGCUAAUAUUCGCUUUCAACUGAUCCGUCUCGAAGACACAAUCACCUUCCAUCUAAUUGAACGAGUCCAGUUCCCCCUCAAUGCCACCAUCUACGACGCUGGGGCACUUCCCAUACCUGUUAGCAACCUUGCCUUACCCGCCAAUCUCUCCCUCUGCGACUAUCUCUUGUCCGAGACCGAGCGCGUACACUCGCUUGUUCGCCGAUACGAUGCUCCAGACGAGUAUCCAUUCUUUCCUCAGGUCCUGCAGCGACCCGUGCUCAAGCCAAUAGCAUAUCCCAAGAUCCUCCACGACAACGAUGUCAAUGUCAACCCCGAGAUUAAAGACAAGUAUAUCAACGAGGUGCUGCCUGAAGCCUGUCGGAAAUUUGGCCGAGCGGACCGUGGUGAGGCCAAGGAGAAUUACGGUAGUGCCGCAACUUGCGAUGUGGCCUGUCUGCAGGCCUUGAGCCGGCGCAUACACUUUGGAAAAUUCGUGGCUGAGAGCAAAUUCCAGUCCGAGACCGAACGAUUUGUCAAGCUCAUCAAGGCCGAGGACCGCAAGGGCAUCGACGCCGCCAUCACCAACGAAAAAGUAGAGCAACAGGUGCUUGAGAGGUUGCGAUUGAAGGCCAAAACAUACGGCAAGGACCCCUCUUUGACAUCGAACGGUGUUGGUGGGGAGGAGAAGAUCAACGUGGAGGCUGUGGUCAAAAUGUAUGCCCAGGUCGUCAUUCCGCUGACCAAAGUGGUCGAAGUGGAGUAUCUUAUGCAGAGACUCAAAGGAACAAAGUGGGAGUGA